AUGAGUUACGAUAUUAAAAAUAUUGAUCGUGUUAGAACACUCCGUAAAGAUGAUGCAUUUAAGCAAUUAGAAAGUAAUAAAAAUAUUGAACGUAAUAGACAACUGCGUCAAGAUGAUGCAUAUAAGCAAUUAGAAAAAAGUAAUAAAAAUAUUGAACGUGAUAGAGAACUACGCCAAGAUGAUGCAUAUAAGCAAUUGGAAAAUUUACAAGAUGAUGCAUAUAAGCAAUUAGAAAGUAAUAAAAAUAUUGAACGUGAUAGAGAACUCCGUCAAGAUGAUGCCUAUAAGCAAUUAGAAAGUAAUAAAAAUAUUGAACGUAAUAGAGAACUCCGUCAAGAUGAUGCAUAUAAGCAAUUAGAAAGUAAUAAAAAUAUUGAACAUGAUGCAUAUAAGCAAUUACAAACUAAUAAAAAUAUUGAAAGUAAGAGAGAACUCCGUCAAGAUGAUGCAUAUAAGCAAAGUAUUAAAAAUAUUGAUCGUAUUAGAACUCUCCGUCAGGAUGAUGCAUUUAAGCAAUUAAAAAGUAAUAAAAAUAUUGAACGUAAUAGAGAACUCCGUCAGGAUGGUGCAUAUAAGCAACUAGAAAGUAAUAAAAAUAUUGAACGUAAUAGACAACUCCGUCAAGAUGAUGCAUAUAAGCAAUUAGAAAAUUUACAAGAUGAUGCAUAUAAGCAAUUACAAACUAAUAAAAAUAUUGAAAGUAACAGAGAACUCCGUCAAGAUGAUGCAUAUAAGCAAAGUAUUAAAAAUAUUGAUCGUAUUAGAACACUCCGUCAGGAUGAUGCAUAUAAGCAAUUAGAAAGUAAUAAAAAUAUUGAACGUAAUAGAGAACUCCGUCAGGAUGAAGCAUAUAAGCAAUUAGAAAAUUUACAAGAUGAUGCAUAUAAGCAAUUACAAACUAAUAAAAAUAUUGAAAGUAAGAGAGAACUCCGUCAAGAUGAUGCAUAUAAGCAAAGUAUUAAAAAUAUUGAUCGUAUUAGAACACCACGUCAGGAUGAUGCAUUUAAGCAAUUAAAAAGCAAUAAAAAUAUUGAACGUAAUAGAGAACUCCGUCAGGAUGGUGCAUAUAAGCAACUAGAAAGUAAUAAAAAUAUUGAACGUAAUAGACAACUCCGUCAAGAUGAUGCAUAUAAGCAAUUAGAAAAAAGUAAUAAAAAUAUUGAACGUAAUAGACAACUCCGUCAAGAUGAUGCAUAUAAGCAAUUAGAAAGAAUUAAAAAUAUUCAUCGUAUUAGGACACUCCGUCAGGAUGAUGCAUUUAACCAAUUAGGAAGUAAUAAACAUAUUGAACGUAAUAGAGAACUUCGUCAAGAUGAUAGGUAUAAAUCGAAAGAGCGCAAAGAUAAUAUUUUACGAAAUAAAUUAUUACGACUAAAUAGUUGGCAUAAAUCAAGCGAGAACGUUAAAAACAUCAAGAGCAUGAGAAUAAAUCAAGAUCUUGUCGAAGAUGAAUUAACUAAACCAACCACUCAUAACGAUGAUAACUCUGUUCCUAAUUCACUAACAUAUUCCGAAGUUGAACAAAUUCGACCAAUUGAUUUUAGCCAAAUUAAUAAUGAGGAGGUGUUACUCAGCUGCAAUUAA